CUGGCUGGCUCCAUUCCGAGCUUUUGUGCUGCUUUGUGUUCCUAUGGGCAUCCUCUCCUGUGCCAGGCUGGAGAAUAGCAAAAGGGGCAGUUGGGGGUAUUGUGUGCUGUGUGGAUCUUUAUCCAACUUUCACUCUGAUGAUAAGUGGAGCUAUACAGGAGAGAUUAACUUGCUCAAGGCCAUGCAGGAGUUGGCAGGGCUGGGAUUUGAACCUGGUGGUCUAUACCCGUGGAUGUAGCAGUGAGGGUUACUGAGUUAAAGCCCGGAGUUCUGUUGUCCAAAGGCAGAAGGACACAGAAGCACUGUCCUUCCUCUGCCCUGGAUCCCCUCAUGUCCACCACAGAUGCCUCUGUCUCCAGGGACACCUCACAGGCAUGCUAGGCAGUAACGCGUGGCCACUGCACUAGACCUCCCAAACCAAGCACCAUAGUUAGUUAUCUUCUCGGAAAGCCUGCCCUGCCCUCCCACCCUGCUUACACUGAACCUUUGCUCUGUCUGUUUUUCCUUAGGACUACCUCAGCCUACCAAAUGUUGGGAUUCCAGGCACGUGCCGCCACAUCUAGCUGCAGGGCUCUUUCAAAAGUACUGUUUGACUCAUUUAGUUUUAGUUUGUCACAGCCUCCCUGAGGGCAAGGGUGAGGGUCAGCUUGACCCCCGGCGUCCCCUGGGCCAGCGAGAUGCCGAUGCAGUGGGCAAUAAGGAAGCCCUUGCCGAGUGGGUGACCAGUGCAGGCUGGGUGAGCUCCUGUGGGGUGCUGUGUAAGAGAAGCACAACUGUGCCUCUUCUGUGCUGAGUGUUACGGUGACAGGUGGACUCCUCAGAGGCCCCUGCCAUCCCAGAUGCAUUGAAUAUGGCAGAUGGAGGGGCUCAGGAAAGCAUUGCCACUGGCUGGGGUCCCAUCAGUGCCUUUGUGGAACCAAAUCUCAUUCUGAGUAGGUGUACCUGACAUUGUGUAAGCUACGUACGUCAUCCCUCCAGCCUCAGUUUUCUCACCUGUAAAAUGGGUGAGAGGGCCCUGCUUCCUGUGAGCUCAUGGUCCUAAUGCAACACACAGCUGACUUAUAACCGUCAUUGGUGGUUAUUGUCUUUGUUUGUUUUUGGCACCAGGGAUCAAACUCAGGACCUUGGGCUUGCCAGGCUGGUGCUUAUGCCACUGAGCUAUCUCCCUGGCCCCACUGGCGGUUAUUGUCAACCUGAGGGCUUCUCCGUGAUACUCUAUUGAGGCAGAUGUUGCCUGCUGGGACCCAGUGUGCUUCUGUAACUUUUGUAAACGACUGGGCCACCUGACUGGCUUGGGGACCAGACUCAUAUGCAAGUCCUAGCUCAGCCAUCGGCAUGCUGUCCUUUGGGGAUGAAGAUGAGACGCUACAAGCUCUUCCUCAUGUUCUGUAUGGCCGGCCUCUGCCUCAUCUCUUUCCUGCACUUCUUUAAGACCCUGUCUUACGUCACCUUCCCUCGGGAACUGGCCUCCCUCAGUCCUAACCUCGUGUCCAGCUUCUUCUGGAACAAUGCCCCCGUCACACCCCAGACCAGCCCCGAGCCGGGUGGUCCCGACCUGCUGCGAACCCCUCUUUACUCUCACUCGCCCCUGCUGCAGCCGCUGUCACCCAGCAAGGCCUCAGAGGCGCUCCACCGGGUGGACUUCGUGCUGCCCGAGGACACCACGGAGUAUUUCGUGCGCACCAAAGCUGGAGGCAUCUGCUUCAAACCAGGUACUAAGAUGCUGGAGAAGCCGCCCUUGGGGCGGCCAGAGGAGAAGCCCGAGGGGGCUGACAGCUCCCUGGGAGCCCGGGGUACCGUGCGGCGCCCCCCGCGACACGUGCUGAGCGCUAGGGAGCGCGCCGGCAGCAACCGGGCUGCACGGCGCAAGUGGGUGGAGUGCGUGUGCCUGCCUGGCUGGCACGGACCCAGUUGCGGAGUGCCCACCGUGGUGCAGUACUCCAACCUGCCCACCAAGGAGCGCCUGGUGCCCAGGGAGGUUCCGCGGCGCGUCAUCAAUGCCAUCAACAUCAACCACGAGUUCGACCUGCUGGACGUGCGCUUCCAUGAGCUGGGCGACGUGGUGGACGCCUUCGUGGUGUGCGAGUCCAACUUCACCGCCUACGGCGAGCCGCGGCCGCUCAAGUUCCGGGAGAUGCUAACCAACGGCACCUUCGAGUACAUCCGCCACAAGGUGCUCUACGUCUUCCUGGACCACUUUCCCCCCGGCGGCCGGCAGGACGGCUGGAUCGCAGACGACUACCUGCGCACCUUCCUGACCCAGGACGGCGUCUCCCGGCUGCGCAACCUGCGGCCGGACGACGUCUUCAUCAUCGAUGAUGCGGACGAGAUACCCGCGCGCGACGGUGUGCUCUUCCUCAAGCUCUACGACGGCUGGACGGAGCCCUUUGCCUUCCACAUGCGCAAGUCCCUCUAUGGCUUCUUCUGGAAGCAGCCGGGCACCCUGGAGGUGGUGUCGGGCUGCACAGUGGACAUGCUGCAGGCCGUGUAUGGGUUGGAUGGCAUCCGCCUGCGCCGCCGCCAGUACUACACCAUGCCCAACUUCCGCCAGUACGAAAACCGCACGGGCCACAUCCUGGUGCAGUGGUCGCUGGGCAGCCCCCUGCACUUUGCUGGCUGGCAUUGCUCCUGGUGCUUUACGCCCGAGGGCAUCUAUUUCAAGCUGGUGUCUGCUCAGAACGGUGACUUUCCCCGUUGGGGUGACUACGAGGACAAGCGGGACCUCAAUUACAUCCGGAGCUUGAUCCGCACUGGCGGCUGGUUUGAUGGCACACAGCAGGAGUACCCACCUGCGGACCCCAGCGAGCACAUGUAUGCCCCCAAGUACUUACUCAAGAACUACAACCAGUUCCGCUACCUGCUGGACAACCCCUACCAGGAGCCCAAGAGCACUGUGGUGGAUGGUGGGCAAAGGAAUAAGGGCCCAGAGGGCAGGCCACCAGCAGCCAGAGACAAGCUGGAUGGGGUUGAAGGCUGAGCCUGCGGAAUCUCUAGAGCCUCUGGCUGGGUGGGUGGUGGCUACCUCUGGUUGCCUUCAGCCUCUUCCUGCCAACUUGGGGUUCUUGAGAGACCAGGACUGGGUAGGUAGGCUUUUCGCUACUCAAGCCCUUGUUCAUCUCAAGGGUUAGGUUUUUCAGUUAAACAAAACAAAACAAACACCUCCCUUGCUGCCAGGAAAAGGGAGCAAGCCCAGACA